GUGUGUGUGUGUAUUCGUGGGUAUUAUUGUAGUCGUGGGUGAGUGAGUGUGCUAUAGAGAGUAAGUUAGAGAGAAAGAGAGAGCGGAGAAAACGAGUGCUUUCCAUUCCUCACUUUCACUGCUACAGACACCAGCAAAACCCUACCCAACUUUACUUUCCUUCCUUCCUUCCAUCCAACCAACUCCUACCACCAUCCACACUUGGUCGUCUUCGCUCCUUCUGAAUUAUUCCACUAUACGCGAUGGGCAGUGGGUGGGCAGGGUUGUUGGGGUGUGCCCUUCUACCACUCCUCCUUCUCCUCCUCCACAAGGGCGACCAGUAGCGAGUUUAUAAUGCAAAUUAAGGACUCAGAAGGAGCAUCCCGGAGCCGAGGCGACACAAAAUUUAUUUAUCGGGCAUAAAGUAACAAUCUUCUUGGGCGAGGUAGUACUAGUCGUGGUGGUGGUGGUGGUUUUGCGGUGGGUGGAGAAGGAGGACGUGCACGUAUAUGUAAAGCUCAUCUGCAGCAUGUCGUCCUCAACCGUUCUAAAGAAAGGCGCCCCGUCUCGGAGCUACCCGUCCCGUCAGCGCAAACUAGGCCCCGCCCCGUUCGCGUCGUUUGAAGAUUUAAGCGAUGAGUUAGAAUCCCCCUCCGGAGAUCAAGGCGCGAGUGCAGGAGGUGGUCCUGGUCCUUCUUCCAUGGUCCAGGCCCUUCCGGGGAUAGAGGAGGACGAUGGUGAUAUCAGACCCCACAAAUCCGUUACGGCAACCUCUUCCGGGAGUACCGUAACAUUCGCCGUGUCACAACCAACUUCUGGUCUUCAAACGCCAUCCACCCCUCGGAUUGAUAUUUCAUGUGCAUCCUCCUCCACGCCACCGUCGGAGGAGUCGGAAUCUGAAAAAGAACUGUUUCAAGGCGGCCUUGGUUUCGCGUUUCAUGAAGAAGGGACGGAAGAGUUGAGAAGUUCGACAGAAGAGUUGGAUCUUGGUGGCGAGGUUUUGGAGAUGGACUCGGAAGAGGAACGCAGACAAAAGAAGAGAGAGAAAGAAGCAUAUUCUGAAGAUAUUUAUAGGAGAGCAUCUACGCCUGCAAAUAUUUUCUAUAGAAGGAAAUCAUCAAACACAAUGGCGAAUGAUGAUUACGGGGCGGAUGACGAUAUUCACAGAAAACCUUCAGCGCACACAUUGUUCUUGGAUGGCCUCCUUUCGAGACCGACUGCACGACACAGGGGAGCUUCCUUUGGCAGUGGGGACUAUGGACGACCUGGAGCACUUUCCUCAAUGUCGGCACAUUCAUCAGGGUCUAUACGGGGCCGAUCGCGGUCUCCCUCUCCGCACAAAAUGAUGUUGGAGACCUCAUUUUGUGGGUGUAAACCAAUCCCUACCAAAUCCAUGGACGUUCCAGAUGACAGUAGUAGUUCUUCGAGUAAAGUAGUAACCAAACCUCAGGAACAAGGGGAGGUAAAAGUAGCAAAAAGGUCUCCCAAAGUUCCCAUAAAAAUAAAACCUCCCAGCACUGAUCAAGAUUAUCCUCCUCCUGAGGAAAAAAGUGCCCGUUCUCUCUCCAUAAAAUCACUCACAGCCCCCUCAACAUCACGGUCACCAGACCCACCCUCCAGUCCCACAACCUCUUCCACCGGCGGCGGGGAUAGUCGUCGACCUUCGUACGGUCGAAGAUCGGUAUCGCCAUUUAAAAUGGUGUAUGAAACCUCAUUUUGUGGGAGUAAACCUAUUCCAACAAAAUCCAUGGAGGUCCCAGAUUCACCUCCUAAAAACAAGGACGGGUUACCUAAUGAUCAAGAUCUUUCCGCCUUUCUUUUAUCGCAAACGACGGCACAAGUUCACUCAUCCACGUCUCCAAGACCUUUAUCGCCAUCGUCCCCCAAAUCCUCAGAUCAUUGGAGACCCAUCACGCCCAAAAGUGAAUCAGAGUUAUCCCCAUUUCCUCAGACAGGGGGACAAGGUGUAUCGGAGGAGAGUAGUCCUUCCAUUUCGACAUCCACUGCAAAAUACGUGUCAACUCCGAAUCCGAAUCUUAAACUUCAAACUUCCAAUAUUUUCAAGUGGCCUGAAACCAAGAAAGCUGAUGAAGUCACAAACGAAAUCCAUUUUUCCGAACCCCCUUCUUCUCUUCCAGUCGAGGACGCGUGUAGUACUUCAUCCAUGGGCGGGGGCAUGGAAGAAGCAAAAUUUCUCCAGUCCGAGUUUGACACUGAGGCGGAAGUUGACGCGGACGACUACGAGGAUGGCGAUUUGCCUUACAUUCCAACAACUCUGCCACAAGAGAAGCCUUCGACAGAGUUGGUAUUUCCAUCAAAGGAACGCCGCAGUAGUGAAGGGCUGACACCCUUGCAACGUCCAAAAGUGAUCCGACCCCCAAAUCCAGCUUCGUUGAAUGACUAUAUUGCAUACGCUUCUGGUUCCGGGAGUGGCGACAAAAUGAAAAUCAAUCUCCCAAGGGAAGACUCUUUAGGCGGUGGGUCUGCCAGUGCGAGUGGGUAUGUUCCCGUUGGGGGUGGGGUUGCUAAUGAAGGGGGCAAUUUAAGAAAUUCUUCUCCAGGAAAGAAAAAGGGAUCCAUUGGUGCCACUAAUUGGGCAGACUUUGCGGAAAUGGGGCUCAGAUCUCCAAGAGAAUUGAGAAAAAAGUUAAGAGAAGAAAAUGGAGAAUCCGACUAGUGAUUUUCUAUAGGAAUAACAUCAGCAGGACUGACUCCAAUCGUAACUCCAAAAACUUUUCAAAUUACAAUACAAAAAAUGCAUUUAACGCAAAAAACUUAACUGAUUCCAAAAAUAUCAUUAAAAAAUUAAGAUUGUAAUUAUUAAAUAUACGUAACAUAACCGGCGUCGUGACUACAAUUUGUUUAAGCAACGCCUCGAAGAAGAAUUACUAAAACUGGAGGAGGACGCGAAGAGUGUGCUUAAUAAGUCAGUAUUGUAUUCAUUCCUUACUACUCAAGUAUAUAAUUACCACAUGACAUAAUGACACACAUGACAUCUUACGACUUAUCAUCCUCACCGUAAAUAAAUAUAACACAUACAUACCUCGUUAUAUACCUUAUCCUAAAAGCAAUAUAGGUUAUCAAAGUGAAACUUAUAUACAAACAAAUAAAUACUACCAGAUUCUUAUGCAAAUUAACAAAUACAAUUAUUCUAUACUUAUGUACUUGGUGAAGCAAUUAAUUAAUUAUAUUCUAGAUUAUUUCCAUUUUCUUAUUUUUUGUAUAUCAAAGUAUGCAAUGACAAUUGUGCAUAUAAAUAUUACUAAAAAAACAAUUUAGGUAACAUUGUCCUGUUAUUAUAAACAAAUAAAAGUAAUAAUAUAAAAAUUACUUAAGGACGAAAUAGUAAUAAUCAAAUAGCACAUGAAACAAGAAGACAAAAUGAAAUAUCUCCCAGUAAUAAGGUUUAUACGUAUUCUGAUUACUUACAUGUAUGUAAAAGCGAUUAUAUAAUUACUGGUAAAUUUGGGUGGCACAUUA